CUCCAUCCUGUCCUAAAUCCCGUCCCUCCCCCCCAAAGUCAUACCUUUCCCACUGCGCCCCCCUGCAGAAAUCCAUAGAUUCUUCGCCACUUCGAUUGUCCGCUGCAUGAAUCCGGCUCCGCGCGCCCAAUUCCCUGCAAAGCCCCAGUCUCUGGCGAUUUUUUUCUUGGAAGAUUUCUUCAUUCUUUAGUGGCGCCCAAUUCUGCUGGGAGGGGGGUUCUUGGGAGGGAGAUCCACCAUUUCGUUUCGGCUUGAGCAGCCGGGGAGCUGAGCAGCGCGGCGCCCAUGUCGGACUCCGAGCUGUCCCAGGGCACGCUAGUGUUCGGCCUCCACCUCUGGGAGCUCGUCGGCAUCGGUGUCGGUGCCGCAUUCGUGCUCCUCCUCGUCCUCCUCUCCCUGCUCUGCCUCCUCGCCUCCCGCCGCCGCCGACGCCGCCGUGCUGCCCCCGUCCUCCACCUCCCCGCCGUCGUGCCCAAUGCCCAGCCCAAGCACCCCACCAAGCCCCCCAAGGACAUCCAAGAGGUGCCCUCCCGCGGCACCGCGGCCCCCGCCGCCCCGGCCAAGGCGCCGCUCGCCCAGGUGCUGCAGGCGCCGCCGCCGGACUCCAUCCAGAUCGAGACGGGGAAGGAGCACCGUAUCACGUUCCCGGAGCAGCCGCCGCCCCCGCACCACCAGCGGAGCGGGGGGCCGUCGUCUCGGGGCGCCAGCGGGGAGAGCCGUGGCGGUGGUGGGGAACCGGGGGUCCCGGAGGUAUCGCACCUGGGGUGGGGCCACUGGUACACACUCAAGGAGCUGGAGGACGCCACGUGCAUGUUCGCCGACGAGAAGGUGAUCGGCGAGGGCGGCUACGGCAUAGUGUACCACGGCGUGCUGGAGGGCGGAGUGCAGGUCGCCGUCAAAAACUUGCUCAACAACAGGGGGCAGGCAGAACGGGAAUUCAAGGUUGAGGUGGAAGCUAUCGGGCGAGUGCGACACAAGAACCUUGUUCGGUUGUUAGGAUACUGCGCUGAAGGCAACCAAAGGAUGCUUGUGUAUGAGUACGUUAAUAAUGGAAACUUGGAGCAAUGGCUCCAUGGGGAUGUUGGCCCUGUGAGCCCUCUUACAUGGGAUAUCAGAAUGAAGAUUAUUCUGGGAACAGCAAAAGGGUUAAUGUAUUUGCACGAGGGACUUGAGCCAAAGGUUGUUCACCGUGAUGUCAAGUCGAGCAAUAUUCUUCUUGACAAGCAUUGGAAUGCAAAGCUUUCUGAUUUUGGGCUAGCGAAACUUUUGGGUUCAGAAAGGAGUUAUGUCACAACCAGGGUCAUGGGGACGUUUGGGUAUGUUGCACCAGAGUAUGCGGGCACUGGCAUGUUGAAUGAAACUAGCGAUGUCUAUAGUUUCGGAAUUCUUAUCAUGGAAAUAAUAUCUGGCCGUGUACCUGUUGAUUACAACAGGCCGCCAGGGGAGAUUAAUCUAGUUGAGUGGCUGAAGACGAUGGUCAGCAACAGAAAUUCUGAGGGGGUUUUGGAUCCAAAGAUGACUGAGAAGCCUACUUCUAGGGCAUUGAAGAAGGCUUUGCUAGUGGCUCUGCGGUGCGUAGACCCUGAAGCUCGCAAGAGGCCAAAGAUUGGGCAUGUCAUUCACAUGCUUGAGGUUGACGAUUUCCCGUACAGAGAUGAGCGCCGGGGUGGCAAAGCUCCAGCCCAAGCAAGAUCGGUGGAAACGCCACCUGCAAGCGAACCUGGCGAUAGCAGCGGAAACAACACUCCAAAGGACGCACCGAAUGGAGAACCUUUCAAGUGGAGAAACUAAGAGGACUAGCUUGGCUAGCCACCAGGAAAACGGUGGUUGCGCUUGAGUUUGUGCCUGAUAAAGAAGCUGGAUAUGGUUGGUUGGUUGGUUGGUCGGGCAUGCAAACUCCACAAGCACCAGUGUCGGUCGUCGUCGUCGUGACAGUAUCUGUACAUUGUUGAAUCGAUAUGUUAGCCAUAGCGAUUUUUUUCCAGUUGGUUUUCUUGGGGCCGUAUAUUUAUGCGAAGGAUGAUUUUGUGUGAUAAAGGCGCGCGCGCUCGUGUGUAUUCCUGAGGCG